GUCGGGGAGGCCCUGCGUCUGCGGUCAUGACUCGCUUCAAGUUUAUCGGUGCACCUCCUGUCCCUUCCCCUCUGCUGUGGCUGAGAGGAUGACGGCUUUAAGGGACCCAUUAACUUCACAAUUCGCUCUUUCACGUCACAGUUAACUGAACCCCUCAGGUGGGCCUGGCACUGGCCUAGGAACACAGUGAAAUACUCAAAAUUAAUGGAAAAGAAACAUUACUGAUCUGUACUGCAAUGGCACGCACCUGUGUAAGAAUCCCUUAAUUUCCACUCCUAAUCACAGAUAUUGGUAUCAACUUGACAGAUCCUAUGUUCAGAGGAAUUUAUAGGGAGGUUCAAAAGCAUCCAGAUGACUUACAGGAUGUAAUAGGGAGAGCUGUCCAGAUUGGCAUUAAAAAGUUUAUGAUUACUGGUGGAAGUCUACAAGACAGUAAAGAUGCACUGCAUUUGGCACAGACAAAUGAUAUGUUUUUCAGUACAGUUGGAUGUCAUCCUACAAGAUGUGGUGAAUUUGAAAAGAAUAACCCUGAUCUUUACUUAAUGGAAUUGCUAAAUCUUGCUGAAAACAAUAAAGGGAAAGUUGUGGCAAUAGGAGAAUGUGGACUUGAUUUUGACCGACUACAGUUUUGUCCCAAAGAUACUCAGCUCAAAUACUUUGAAAAACAGUUUGAACUGUCAGAACAAACAAAAUUACCAAUGUUUCUUCAUUGUCGAAACUCACAUGCUGAAUUUUUGGACAUAAUGAAAAGAAACAGAGAUCGGUGUGUAGGGGGAGUGGUACAUUCAUUUGAUGGCACCAAGGAAGCAGCAGCAGCUUUGAUUGACUUGGAUCUUUACAUAGGGUUUAACGGUUGCUCUUUGAAAACUGAGGCUAAUUUGGAAGUUUUGAAGUCAAUACCUAGUGAAAAAUUAAUGAUUGAGACAGAUGCACCUUGGUGUGGUGUCAAAAGUACACAUGCUGGAUCAAAAUAUGUAAAAACUUCGUUUCCUACCAAAAAGAAAUGGGAAAAUGGGCACUGUUUAAAAGAUAGAAAUGAGCCAUGCCAUAUAAUUCAAAUACUGGAGAUAAUGUCAGCAGUAAAAGAUGAGGAUCCACUGGAAUUAGCCAAUACACUAUAUAACAACACUAUUAAAGUAUUUUUUCCUGGUGUUUAAUUGGCACGUGUCUCCCAUUUUCUAUCAUGUAUGUAAAAUUUCAUGGUAAAAGUUGAUAGUUUCAAUAAAGAAAUUCUCUG